UAAAAUUGAAAUGUCAUGAAACGCGCUUCUCGAGGCGAAGGAGACGAAGAGAUAUGAGGUGCACACGAGUAAAGUUUCAUAACUGAUAAGCCGUAUCACUAAGGUGCGAAGUAAUUAAGGUGGAAGAAUGUAGGAGUUGAGAAGUUUCCGAGGCUCGCAACCGUAAGUGUGGACAUCGAAACCACGGCGGUGAAACAUGGACCGGUGCCCGGAUAGGUUGGCGUCUCGAGUACGCGCUCUGCGUCCGAGCGUCGCGACGCGGGUUCCGCGAGGCGUCGACGGCCAGUAUCGUCGAAGCGCGCGUCGCGUUCCGAUCGCAACCCUCGAAAUCUAUGUGAAACAUACCGCGAAAGAUCGUCAGCGAACUGAGUUUACGACAACAGAACUUGUGGUGGCCAGGACGGGUUUCGAAAGGAAUUGCGAACGCGACAAAAAGUUCAGGAGAGCAGUUCGCCCGUACGGACGGAAUAAGAUAGUGCGAUUCUGGGACGUCGAUUCCGAUGAGGAUUGUCGGAAGCAUCGGGGGAAACUGCACGGCGCGCGGCGCGGCGGUGACUACGAACAGGAGCAUUCUUGUCCUCGUUUCCGAAUGGCGAAUAUUCGAAAAUAAUUUUCCGCCAGUCUCUAGACACGCCAUCGUUCGUGGAAGUGGUUUUCCUCGAGCGAUAUCUUCCGCGGUUUAACGAUUCCCAGUACACCGUUAACACAACUGCACCAGCUAUUCUCCGUAACCCGUAAAACCGAUGCGAGUGUGCUCCCACGAAAACCGAUCGUUCAAAUCGAAUCGUCACAGAGAUGCUUCUCCGCUGGCGCGACGAAAAUCUCGGUUCGAUCGCGACUCGAAUACAAAGGGGAAAAUUCUUUCAUGAGAGACGUUCACGCGAAAUGCGAAGAACCUCCGCAUGCUCGACCUCGAGUCGAGAUCAUUUCGAGGACAGAACGCGACCCGUGAAUUCUUAUCUCGGAUGCAUUAAAGGAGACUCUCGGGAUUGAUGGAAAAUUAAGAGAACUGGUUGAAGUGUUUGACCAGGCUAACGAGCACACCUCGAAGAAGAAAAGCGUGGGUCAAACUCUGACGACAUUAUCGUUUUCAACGUUCCCGUAUAGAUACCCUAUAUAGAUAAGAAAAUGAAAAUCGACGCGAAGUGGUGACCCUGAAGACGGCGGGUCGAGAGGAAGCGAGGAAAAAAGUUGGAAAGAAACAGGAAGCGAAGGCUCGACAUGACAACGGACUCUCGCCUGGACGCGUGUGCUCGAGUUCAAGUAUUUUCGAAUUCAUUCGAGGCAAAUGAAAGGACAGGCUGAAAUAGACUGAAGUUCGAGCGCCCCGUUGAUCGAGGGAAAAAGUUGGGUCCGUGUAGCUCGGCGACGGUCUACGGAGAGGAUUUCUUUAACAAUACCUGAAGCUGAAAGUUUCCGGCAAGGGGUAAUUACCCGUGGAACGGAGAGUCGUGAAAAGCUGGGACACAAUAGAUAAAGAUGCAGCUUUCAUUAAAAGAGGACGUGAUGGGAAAGCACGCCUAGAUUGCCAGAUUUCGCGCGAGAAAAGAAAGGAUUUACUGAGAUUAAUUACAGAACAAGUAUCUGUUGAAAUUGUAUCGAUCGAACUACGAAAUGGAAUACAUUGAAUGAAAUUGAAAAGCAAACAGCGCUCGCAGGUGAAAAAUUCGUGAGGGCGUAAAAAGGCACGUCGAUCACGCGCUGCUCGAUGAUGAAUUACCAUCGAUAACGAUUAUCGUUUUACAAAUGAAGAACGGGCAACCAAUCUAUUACGAUGAUAUUGAUAGAAAAAUUUGAUUCCCCGAAAGAUAAUCCAGGAGAAUAAUACGAAUUGAUUUAGUAGGUCAACGACUGUCAUGGUCGAAUGAAAGCCUGUUAAGAGGCGUCCGUGCAUGAAACGGAAGUGGAAGUGAGCAUCGUCGGCGAAUCAGCCAUGCCAGAUGAUGGCCAACAUCCCCUGAAACGCAAAGGGAAUUUGCACCGGGGAGUGCGGGCAAGCGUCACCGACUUCAUUAUAUCCGUAUCGAUACGAAACUGAUCAAACGUUUACCUAGACAGGCACACAUGUACCGCCUUCGAAUUGACGUUCGCUCGAAACCGGAUCGGUCCGUUCACAGUGCGCGAUGCGUUCCACCCGCUGUUCGUUAUAGUGUCUCGAGAAUUCGCAGGGGAAAUCGACGACGUUAUCGAAGUGAUAAUAAGAUACUGUCAAAUUCUAGCAUAUAAAAAAGUGUACGAUGUUAACAUAAACGUUCGCAUUAAAUUAAAUUAUAGAAAUUAAAUAUGACAGUGCUUCAGAAGAAUAUCUGUGUUGUGACGUUGCAACGUUCUCAGUAAAUAAGAUCAAAGUGUACAAGGGGAUAGCUCGAAGAUGCAGGCCCUCGAGCUUUUUGUGAAUUCCACGCCUAGCCCGUGGAAUUCCACCGUGUGGAUGGAGAACUACACGUACUACAAUAACACUAACACCACGGAUUUGCAAUUACGUAAUCAGUUCAUACUCCCGUGGUGGCGGCAAAUGAUCUGGACAUUAUUGUUCGCGUGUAUGAUCAUAGUCGCCACUGGUGGUAAUUUCAUAGUGAUUUGGAUCGUGAUGGCGCACAAAAGGAUGCGUACGGUUACCAAUUAUUUCCUAGUGAAUUUGAGCAUCGCGGACGCUAUGGUGUCCACGUUGAACGUGACGUUCAACUAUAUUUACAUGUUGAACAGCCACUGGCCCUUCGGCACUCUAUACUGCAAGAUCUGUCAGUUCAUCGCGGUCCUCACUAUUUGCGCCAGUGUCUUCACUUUAAUGGCAAUUUCCAUCGACAGGUACAUGGCCAUCAUGAACCCGUUGAGGCCUCACAUGGGCAAAAGGGCGACGAUUUGCAUAGCCAUCGUGAUUUGGAUCGUGGGCGCGAUCCUCUCGCUACCGAUGUUACUCUUCUACACAACGUAUACGCAAAAUUUCGCGAACGGCGAAGUGCGGGUGAUCUGUUACGGGGAUUUCCCCAGCAGCGACGACGACAGUCUCAACUACGGCGAAUAUCUGUAUAAUGUCAUCUUUACGAUACUGACAUACUUCUUGCCAAUUGGCUCGAUGACGUAUACAUACGCCAGAAUCGGUCUGGAGCUAUGGGGCUCGCAAAGCAUUGGCGAAAAUACUGCAGGACAGUUGGAAAGUAUACGAAGCAAACGGAGGGUUGUGAAAAUGAUGAUCGUGGUGGUAGUAAUAUUUGCGGUAUGCUGGCUACCUUUUCACGUAUAUUUUAUCAUAGCGUCAUAUUUUCCCGAUAUUACGAACGAGCCGUACAUCCAAGAAGUUUUCCUAGGCAUUUAUUGGCUCGCAAUGUCUAACAGCAUGUACAAUCCCAUAAUCUACUGUUGGAUGAAUUCCAGGUUCCGGCGAGGCUUCGCUCAUUUCUUCUCAUGGUGUCCGGGUGUGAAGGUUCCCGCGGAACCGGCGUUGUCCCGCUCGGAAGCACUGACGUCGCGAUACAGCUGCACCGGAAGUCCUCAGACUCACAGCAGGAUAUCACGGAACGGCACGGCGCGAAUACCUUUGUACCUGCAGUCUUCAAGAGGAGGGAACGAGCGGUUUUUGGCUCAGCAUCGCGGGAGGAAAUGGAAAACCUCGCAAGCGAGUGGGCAUGUAUCUUGACAGGAAAAGGAGGAUCCUCAACAGCAACGAGUACAUACCUGGAUAUAAGGGAACACAUCCUAAGCAGCGCGCCUCUUCAAGAUCCAUCUGACGCCGGUGAAAUAAGAGGAGCCAGCUGAGAGGAUCGACGUCCCUCCUUCAUCGAGCAGACCCCCGAUAUUGACCAAAACGAGAGCUCAAACAUUAUAUCGAUUCGAUUUGAUACGAACGUUAACUAUCCGCUGAAUAAGUAAAUAACACUCCUGUCUUGAUGUGAGCAAACGUUGGAUCGAGGUUCGACGCGAGGAAAAGAGCCCCUUCGUGCCCGCAAUUUAAUUUUCAUUUGUAUCCAUUACGAUAACGGACCAAUGAUCUAUAAAUGUACCCAUCUAUCUAUACACGUUGGAACGUCCUAGCGCGAAACAGAUCGAAUAAUUACGAUUUUGUAACGAGAAGUGAAUUUCGGAUACAGACAUUUCGUACGUAAUGUUUCUUUCUAAAACAAAACUAUUUAAUCAAUCCUGUUCCUAUUAUACUAUAUUGAUCACGGUGAUCAAGUCGUAGCGAAGAUAUUAUACAAUUUUCAGUAAAAGAAGAUACUUCCUAUUUCAGGAAGUGUAGUUUCUCUUUAAAAAACAAGAGCGAAACAUAUAUUCUUGACGAAAUUUUGCUACUUAACUAAGCGAACCUGCAUUUCACUGAACUAUCGUUGCUUUAAAGAAAAUUUGUAAAAUAUCGUAGUCGGUAAAAAUGUGAAUAAUACGUAUUC